AACAAAUGCAGAUAACUAAAACAUUUUUUGGCGUAAGUGGAUUAGAUAAGAUUUGUGUCGAUAUCGCGUUUAAGCACUAUAAUUUUUUCAUUCAAAUUCGCCAAUAUUCAAUCAGUCAAAAUCAGUUGCAAUUCAAACCGUGUUAACGACAAUUUGAAGAAUUCAUUUGUAAAUAGUUUAAAGAUAAAUUGUUUAAUAAAAUUCUUAUAUUUCCUUUGAGGAAAAUAAACAGAUAGAAAAAAUGAAAAUAUUAAAUAUUUUUGCAUUUACAUGUCUUCUGGUAACAGGCACAGGAGCUGUCUAUUGGCCAUGUGAUACACAUGACGAUUGUACGGCCAAAUACUCAUCGUGCUCGUCGGCGACUAGUCAAUGUAAAUGCACCGAUUUCGAUAUUGUGUUUUCCAGUGAUUUUUCGACAUGUUUGAAGACGUCACUGAUUGGUGACAAAUGCGAAGAAAGUGUUCAAUGCAAUCUUAUGCCAACGGGAGCCAAGUGUAAAUCGGGGGUCUGUGAUUGUGCCGAUGGCGAAACAUAUGUACGUGGACGUUGUCGGAAAUUAAAUGGUCUCAAUCAGCAUUGUGAUACAGAUUUAGAUUGUUAUUUUGGUUAUGAUCGAGAAUCGGUCCAGUGUAAGGAAAAUAUUUGUACAUGUGCCAAUGGAUAUUAUCAUAGACAUGGCAACAUAUGCCGACGUAAAUCAAUGGAAAUUGAUGAUGUUUGUGUUGUUCACACUGACUGUGAUGAUUUGGGUGAAAAUGUAAAAUGUAAAAGUUUGAAAUGUCAAUAUGUUAAUGAAAUAAAAUCUAAAGUUAAUAACAAUAAUAAUCAUACAAAUGUUAAUAACAACAUAAAUACAAGAAAUAACAACAACAAUAAUAAUAACAAUAAUAACAACAACAAUUAUAUAAAUACUAGAGCAAAAAGACAAACUUCCACACCAACCGAAACCAAUUCGAAUCUUUCAAAAUCAUCACCCAGUGAAAGUGAAUUUAAUGUUGUUACCAAAUUGGUUAAUGGUCUGAGUACUACAUCAAGUAUUAACAAUAAUAACAACAACAGCAAUACAAAUAAUAACAACAACAAUAAUAUCUUAAGUGAUACAGAUGCUGAAGAUUUAAAUACGGAAUCGAAACAAGAAUCAAUUUCACCAACCGCCGCUAACAAUAAAGAAGCACAAAAGAGUCGUGAAAUAGCGAUACAAACUAGUAUCGAUGCGUUCGAAUUGAAAGUAUUGACACCGAAAGUUAAAAAUGUUGGUACAAUUACAACCACCGCAUCGACCAGUUCCAGCAGUCGUAGACCCUCCAGACAACAACAGAGACAAAAACGUCGUCCAACCUUAUUUCAUUUUAUUGAUGAUGAAAAAACUAUAUCAACUGUGUCGAACACUGAUGACGAUGUUGAGAAUCAAGAAUAUGGUUUUCAAUGUACUUAUCACGGAUUACCCUGCAAUGGCCUUCCUCAUUCCAUAUGUUCCAAUAAUGUUUGUUUGUGCCGCCCCGGUUACUAUAACAGAAAUGGAAAAUGUUUCGCUGAACUGGGCGAGAUAGCAGAAAGUUCGGAUGAAUGUGAAAAUGAAUUUGAUGCUGAAACUAAAAAAUGUAUUUGCCAAAAGAAUUACUUUUAUGAUGUCAAUCUAAGAGAAUGUCGUAAACCCAUACAAUAUCAUUUAUCCUGUAGCAGAGAUAAUCAAUGUAGUCCAUUUGGUGCUGCUUAUUGUUAUCCUGAAGUACCGAGACGUUGUACGUGCAAAGAAUAUGCCGAAUACGAUGAACUCUUACAGAUGUGUGUAUAUAAGCAAGGCUUAGGUUCCGAAUGUGAAAUCGAUGAAAAUUGUCCUGUUGAACAUGCAAUGUGUUCAAAUCGUACUUGUGUUUGUAAAACGCCCUACAUUAGGAAAGGAGAUAAAUGUUUGCCAGGCAUUGGUGCGGAAUGUUUCGAAACCGAUGAGUGCAUGGUGGAUAAUUCAGUGUGUGCCACAACUUCAGCUUCCAAUGCUACUCAGGAUGAUUCGAAAUCCUGUCAAUGUCGCAAAGGUUUUGUACAUUUCAAAGAUGAGUGUGUUAAAGAAGCCGAAGACAUUGACGAGGAAUGCGUUGAAAAUGAACAAUGUAAACCUUUAUUGGCCACUUGUGUUGACAAUAAAUGUUCCUGUAGCGAUAAACAACAUUUUCAAAAUGGUCAUUGUGAAACUCGUAAAGCUCUUAACGAAAUUUGCUCGACCGCCAGUGAGUGUUAUGUAGAAAAGGGUGCUGAAAAUGUCGAGUGCCGUAAUUCUGUGUGCCAGUGUAAAUUUGGUUAUAGAACUGAUAACGAACAUCGAUCUUGUGUUGCGUCCAAUAAGAAAAAUUCUUCCGGAAGGCCAAGUGCUCUUAAAAUAAUAACAUUCAUGUUAAUUGGUUCAGCAUUUCUCAUCACUAGUGCCGCUAUAAAACAAGCCUACUAUUAAUUUUUUAAAUUAAAUUCUUUAGAAAAAUACACACAAAUAUACGAGUGACAAAGCAGCAAAAAAUAAAACAAUUGAUUACAUUAACAAAAUCUAUGCUAAAA